UUGCGCUUUUUGGAAGCUCGCGCUACGUUUCCGCGCUGUCAUUGUUUCCGUUUCCACCUCCGAGAAACCUCACGCCUCCACAUUAUCUUCUUUUUUUUGUUUUGCCUUGAAUCCGCUACGUGGUAGUUUGGGCUCUCUGAAGUUUGAGGAUUGUUAGUAUCUUUUUUUCUGCAAGCAUGGGGGACAUCGAGGCUCCCAGCUCGACUCGGCCGCGCCAGAGUGUCCUGCUCUCGGUUCUCCCGAGCAAAGAGUUCGCCUCCUCCAGGAAAGGAAUGCUGCUCAUUGCUGAAGUGGCGCUGUCCUUUGUAUCAUUUGUGUGUUUUGCGGCAUCCCGUGCGGCAGCCUUCGUGACAGUUCCCCUGCUGGAGUUCCUGGCCGCUCUCUUCUUGUUGUUCGCGUACUCUACCAAAUUCAAUGAGAGGUUUAAAGGCUUCCUCUGGCCUCUAAUGGAUUUCAUGAGAUGUGUGACAGCCUCCAUCAUCUUCUUCAUCAUCUCCAUUAUUGCAGUGUCCAAGUAUGCAGACGGUUCCUCGAAGGCUGCCGGGAUAUUUGGGUUCAUUGCCACCAUCGUCUUCGCCAUAGAUUUUUACCUCAUUUUUAAUGAGCUGGCCAAUUUCCUAAAGCAAGGAGGAGGGGAGUCCAAUGAAGAGCCAUCAAGACAGCAAGAUGAGUUUUCAGACUCUGAUUCCGACUAAGUCAACAGGCCACCCCCAUGAAAUCUUCGCCAGUGGAUACAAAAUAAACCUUUGCAGGAGAAAUGGCCACUACUGAGCUAUCCUUUGCAAAGAUCUGAAAGUGUUUCCUUAGGCUUUAAGGUUACAUUCAUAUUGUGUAGAGAAGAAAUCACAUCAAGGUCACACUGAUUGUUGCUGAAUAACGUGCAUCGAUUGGUAGUUGGGGAAGUUCGUCUCCUAGAGGCAAACAUGUAUAAAAACAUUCAGGAAUUAAACUGAUGUGUCAAAUAUGUUGUUUUUUUUAUUUUAAGUCACUAAUUCACUGGCCAAUGCAAGUCAUUUUUCAAAUAAUGCACUGUUCUUUUUCAUGUCCAAACUCUUACCCAUUGUCUUAAAUGAUUUGGGAAAUUAAAAUUGCCAACCUGAUACUUAAA